AGGACAAAAAUGUCGUCGUCUGUUACACCUGACAGUAGCCAAUGUACAAAUGUAAGUCAAAGAAUUAUAUUUACUUAAUUAUUCAGUAAACCAAUAUGUUAUUGCGAAUAUUAUUGUUGCAAUGAUUUUGUAUCGUAUUUCAUAUUGUCUUACAGUGUGGUCUCAAACUAAUGAUUCUUUAAUUAGAAAAAUUUAAAUGCUGUAUAAUCGGGCUCUAAAAAUUUUGGAUAAAAAGCCAAAUCAUUGGCAUCAUUGUCACAUCUUAAAGAAAUCGAAUAUGCUUAAUUUCACGAAUUUUAAAAACUGUGAAUGUGAAAUUGAUUUUUAAAUGUUUGUAUAAUAAGGAAGCGUCUGUUUUAUGUAGUUUGGUACAGAGCUACGAUGCUACAGGUUGAACCACCAGGAGUACGGAAAGGAUGCUAAUAAAAUUUAGAAAAAAAUAAAAAUGCAAUUUAUACCGAGAUAUGUUUUAUAAAAUAACUCGAAAUAUGAAUGCUAUGGUUUUAUUUUUCAGUUCCUUAAAUUAACUAAUUUGUGGGAGAGAAUAUAAAAAAUAUAUGAAAUAAAAAAAGGGGAGGGAGUAAGUCAUUUUGAUUCAAACUGCAUAUCAGUUGGUGGCGGAAAUACACCAUUUGUUGUUUGUCAACGGCCAAUAAAAUUUCAAGAAGAAGAAGAAGAAGAAUUUCAUUGGUUCUGCGUGUGUAAAGUCAGUUGCGCCAGAUUUGAAAAUAAUCUAAUGUAGGUUUUGCUAAACUUUUAAAAAUCUAUCUAUAUGGACAGUAGCAGCAGUUCUCAUGCAGUGCAUUUAGGCGAACUCAAAUCAGAUACAAAAGUGCUCGACCACUAUUACUUUCAUCAAACGAGAAUGGCAAGGGAAACAUAAACCAGGUAAAUAUUUCCACUUGUGAAGAAAUCGCUAACAGCAAAGCCGUAACCAUGUCUUGAACAUUUCCUCAUAAAUUAUGGAGCAUAAAUUAAAACUGAUUUGUUUAAUGAAGUACAAACAAGUAAAGGAAAUUAUUGGAGUAAUUCUAGGGCUGCGUCCGAAAGCUCUAAAAAGCAUUUCAAGGCAGGAAGCCAUCAAGGCACGUCCGAAUUCAAAUUCUGCUUCACUUCCUGUCUCCAUCGAGGUCUAUAUUCUAGUUUUGCUUCUGUGAGCUCUAGCCCUGCCUUAUCACUUUUUCUUUCUUUCUUUUAUUUUUUUUUUUUUUUUUUUUUGGUCAUCGAACAGCAGAGGGAUGCAUAAUGGAGUGCAGCAGAGCAGUGCAGAGAUUUCAAAUAUUGCGGGGACAGUUUGUUAUUUCUGAUUUUUGGGAUGACUUGUUUCACCGGCCCUGCCUUACAAUACGCGGUUUUACAUACAAUCAAAAAUUAAAUCUGUAACCUGCGUAUUUUAACCAGUAGUAAUGAAAGCAGUAAUGAAAAUCUUGCUUGCAGGAUUGAAAGAGAUAAUACCUCAAUAAUCUCAUAGCUCUUGUGCAAAAAUGAAAUACACAGUUUUCUCUCACAAUAGAGAGAAAGGAGCAAGUAAUGUAUAUUUAUGCAGUUAUUCUAUUCUAUGUUUUCAGUGGAGAGCAUGAAAUUGAUGACACAUGGUUGCGGGUAUAGAAAAGAAACAUUGUUUUAACGCCUAUCUGGUGUAACUGAGGGCAUGUUAUUAAACAGAAAGUUUGUAGGUUCUUUCAGUUUCUAUUUUUUUUUAAAGCCAUCUAACAUGAAUUUCUUUUUCAGCUUCAUAAGAAAAAAGUUUGAUCUUCUCUGGACCAGUGAUGAUUCUUUUAGUUCCUUGAGAUGUACAUAUGCUGUACAUUCAUUUAUCUGUCAGCAUUACUACCUCUCCUUUGUAUGGCAACAUGCAAUAAUGCAGAAUAUGAAAUUAAUAGAGAGUGUUGCCCCAUGUGUGAUCCAGGAAAGCGAGUUAAGAAACACUGUGAUGAAAACACAAGCACAACAUGUGAUUCAUGUCCUGCGAUGACCUACACUGAUGCUCCAAAUGGACUCACAGAAUGUCUGUCAUGUUUUGUCUGUGAUUCAAGUAAUGGGCUGAGAGUAAAGCAGGCAUGUACGCCGAUAUCAAAUACAGUGUGUGAACCUCUGUCAGGUUUUUACUGUAUAGACUUGCUCUCCAACUGUAAAAAGGCGAUGAAACAUUCAACCUGCUCACCUGGACAGUACGUCAACCAAACUGAAUAUGAGAUAAACAAUCAGUGCUGCCCCAUGUGUUCUCCUGGGAACCAUGUUCAUUGGGACUGUACAGAUGAUACCAGCACAACUUGUGCUCCAUGCCCUGAAUUUACUUUUAGUGAUGAACCCAAUGGCCUCAUGAAAUGCUUUCCCUGUACUGUGUGUGAUGCAAGCCAAGGUUUAAGAGUAAACAAAGCAUGUACUCAGUCAUCAGAUACUGUUUGUGAGCCACUGGAGAAAUUCUACUGCAUUAACAAAAUGAAAGGCAGCUGUAUUUUAGCUGUGCAACAUUUGGAAUGUAGUCCUGGACAAUACAUCAAACAAGCAGGUACUGGCUCCACAGAUACUAUAUGUGCUGACUGUACAGGUGAUACAUAUUCAAAUGGAUCUUUCUCAUCCUGUUUACCUCAUACAAAAUGUGAGGACAUGGGAUCUACAGAAACAAAUCCAGGAACAUAUUCAUCUGAUACUGAAUGUGCAGUUCCCUAUACUGCAGCAGCAUCCUUUGCUCUUAGUGUUAUAGUUGUUUUAAUAUUAAUUGCAGUUAUAAGCAUUGUCACAGUUAUUUGGAAAAAGAAGCAAUCUCAAAAUUCUGCUGUUGGUGGCCGAAAAAAUAUUAAGUAAACAGAGUGGAAGCACAAGCCCUAACAACAGUUUCAACUCAAUCCACAUGAAGGAGUUUUCAUGUCUGAAGUCCAGCAGCUAGCCCAACAAAAACUCCUUGGAAAAAAACAAAAA